AUGAGCAGCCAGUCGUGGACGCUGCCCCGCCUCUCACAAUCAAGUGCGUCCAUCCACGGACUUCUGGGAUCCGUGCGGUUGACCUACGCGAUUUGCGCCUUCUUGGCCACUUGCCUCCAUGCCGCCAUGCGGAACAUGCUGGGCAUGAUCAUCCUCAAAAUGGUCAUGCCUCGGCCGGAUGAUGAACUGGAUAUAUCGCCGGAAUCGGCUCGACUGAAUGAGAUCAACAUCACCUCUACAGGGCAUUGCGGAUCUCCUCGGAUAGUUAUCCACCCACUGAUCCAAGAGACUCAGUCGGGAGACUUACCAUGGACCCGAAACCAGGAGCUGGCUUUUCCGGGAGUUUACUAUUAUGGCUACGUGGUUUCCAUUUCGUUGUCCGGCUAUCUGGCAGAUCGGUGCAGCAGCAAAAUGUUGUUCAUAGUGUCGCUGAUCCUCGAGGCUAUCGCAUACAUCCUGCUCCCUCUAAUGGCCCAUUUCAGUUUCGAGACGGCGGUUAUUGAUCUGGUAAUAUGCGGCUUGCUAGCGGGCUGUGGAAAUCCUGCGAUGUACAAACUAUUUGUCACCUGGGCUCAUCCCACAGAGCGAACCGCGCUCCUGUCCUUCGCCUAUAGUGGAAUUCUAAUGGGAUCCAUGUUGGUCUACCCGGUGGCCAGUUACCUGAGCAACUUUGGCUGGGAGCUUUCAUUCUAUGUCGUCGGUGGAGUUACUCUCUUCUUCGGCAUCGCCUGUUGCUUUCUCAUGUACGACACCAUAGAGGAGCAUCCCCGCAUCUCGGAUUUGGAGGUAGAUUACCUGAUGCAAGGAAGGAGCCAUUUGGGACUUCAGGAACAGCAGGUUCUGAGGGUUCCAUGGAAGAAGCUGUUAACGGCUCCGUCCGCAUAUGCUUUCGUCCUGACCCACAUGUUCCACAACUACACCUUUCUGAUUAUAAGUCUUCUGAUGCCGCGAUUUAUGCGCGAGGCCAUGGAAUUAGACCUGCGGGAGGUGGGCUUUCUUUCGGCUGCUCCGUAUCUGGGCGGGAUCUUUUCCAAAGCAGUGUGCAUCCUGGGUGGCAGCUAUGUAGAAAGACGAGUGGGUCCCGAUCAGAACUGUAUGCGAAAAAUGCUCUACGGAAUCUGCAGUAUUCUGACAUCGUCUUUGAUUUGGAUCAUCAUCCUGGCUGAUUGUGAAGACAAAAUACUGGUCCUGUUGAUGUUUGCCUUCUUGAUGGCCUCUACGGAUAUGGGUUUCAGUGGCUACUGGCCCACGCUGCUCUACUUCGCGCCCUCUUUCGCGGGAUUACUUUCAGGAUUGGCCAAUGGAAUGGCCCAUCUUUCCGGAUUCCUGGCGCCUCACCUUGUCGCCGCUUUGGUGCACACUGGUAGUAAAAAGGAAUGGAACACGGUGCUGUUAACACUGAUAGCAUUCAAUACGAUGGCCAUGUUGGUAUUUUGGUUCUGCAGUAGUACAAAUCUACAACCCUGGGAUCCUCGCAGCGAAAAGAAGAAAACAAGAUCUGCACCAGCAAAAGAAAUCUUGAGUUAACAUUAUGAUUGCAUAUCCAUGUUUUAUUUGAUUUUACUUUUCUGUAUUUUAACUCUGUUACUUUUAAAUAAAAUUAUGUUUUGUAGGG